CUCUGGAAUCUGGAUAAUCAUUACCGCAGUUGCGACGACUCCCAAGACAACUGCGUUGCUAACAUGAGUCUCCGACUGGGAUCCUUAUUGCUGUCCGAACUGCAGCUAGUUGAAGCCUCAGCUGCCUGAUGAACGUCUGGAAAGCUGUUGCUAGGCAUUGCAAAGAUAUCAAAUCUCCUCCCGAACUACGAUGCCUCUGCUGUACACAUCUGUACACAUCAAACCAUCUCAUAGGAUGGUCGAGAUCUCACGAUCCUCCUUCCGCAUAUAUAAGUCAAAUGACACUUGCUUUUCCUGGACCAUGGCCUCUAGUCAUAUAUCAAUAGCGGAUGGAUCAGAACGAAGACUUCUUCGGGGGCCGUUCUUCGGGAUGCUUUUGUCAACCAUACUCCUUGGAACUGGUGACGGUCGCGGUUCUCCUCGUCUCCGUUCUUGCUUCGAAUUGUCUCGACAUUGCUACAACGUUCAAUUAUACGGUUGCUCAUUUUGGUGACACAAGCGCAAUGGAUUAUCUUCCAGGAUAUUUUGUUGCCGAACUAGUUCUCAGUGGUGUAUCAGUUUUCGUGGUGGACAUAUUUUUCGCAUCGAGGAUUCGACUAAACCAGCGCUACCGCUUCAUAUCGUGUAUCGUUGUGAUAAUGGCUAUUGCUGCUUUGGCGUGUGGUUGUGUCACCACCGGAUUUUUAUUCAAUGCACCGACAAGAUUAAACCUAGAUUCUCCAUGGGUCAAGUCCCCAAUCUUCGCUCAAAACAUCCUUCGCGCCUGUACGGCCCUCAUUAGCUCGGGUGCAAUCUGUUGGGGUUACCGAUCCAGUCAGGCAAUGACGAGAAGAACCGAGUCUGUCCUUCAACAAAUACUGCAAUUCGCGGUGACUAGAGGCGUUCUACUAGUCGCAGCCCAGAUUGUAGCAGCAAUCAUGUUUGAGGUCGAGCCAGAGACGCUAAGAUGGAUGAUAUUUCAUAUGAUGUUGGACAAGAUCUAUGUUAUUACCAUGAUGACAAUGUUGAACUCCCGAGCGAGUUUCCGCGAGACGUUGGCCCUUCCGGUGACUGAGUCCGACUUUUUACGCCGCUCGUCCUCCAACAAGCGGAUGCGUAACGUAGCAAUGGCUCCAUUGCAAAGUCCCCUCGACGUGAUUCACCAUCCAAAUCACGCGCAAGCCCAACCCAUUUUCAGUCCGGAAAACUAUCAGGAAUAUUGGUGUCGCGCGAGAUGAUCACUGCGAUUGAUUAUGGUAGCCCACUACCCAAGUCACCAACUGUUUAGAGGAUACAGGCACACCAUCUGAAGUACAGCAUAUUGUAUAUAUUGUCCACUAUCCGAAGAAUAUUUCUACUUUCAGUGUCUGGGAUGCCAAAAAGGAUGAUUGGAAUGUAGUUUGCUCAAGUUCUUCAGAUUAUCUCCGGGAGACUGACAAUCGUGUUUCCGGUAAUGACGACGCAUGUUCGAGCUCACGUUGAACCUUCUUCCGCAUCCCAGAUAUGGACAUGAAAAAGCUAAAGAUCCUUGUUC